GUCCCAAUUGGACCGUUACAGCGAACGUGCACGAUCACGCGAGAAAAGCCAGCGCGCGGCGUUUGAAAAAUUCGUACGGUAAUUAAUUAGCCGGAGCAGCGCAGCCGGGUCGCGCGAGCGAGAUAGCAGCACAUUUAAUCACGCUGACAGCCAGCUGUCCUGCGAGUGUGGGUGGCACACAAGCACACACCAGUGCACAAGUGCGCAGCCGUCGCGUGAACGCAAAAUCGAAUCAGAAAUUGCCGUCGCCAAAUCGCGCGCUUCGUGUCUGCUCGUCAACGGCAGCGCAGCUUCCAAUCGCUGCACUUCCCGUCCGUCCGUCCGCCCGUCGCGUCGCGUCGCGUCGCUUCACUUUUUCCACUCGUAUCAAUCAGCGGCGGCAGAGCGGCAGCGCGUCGUUGUUGUUUGUCAGUUUGACAGCAGGGCAGCGGCAGCGGCAGCGCAGCAGCAGCGGCAGAGGCAGCGCAGCAGCAGCGCCGCAAGAACCCGGCCAGCCGAAUUCAUUCGCCUUGGCUUUGGACGUUUACUGGGACUGGGACUGCGAUUUGGACGGUGACGUUCAUUCGCUCGCGGACGUUCACUCAAAUAAGUUCAUUUCGGGAAUCGACGGAAUCCGGAUGAAAGACAAAGACGCACGCACAUCGCGAGACGCGUGUUCCGCAGAAUAUUGAAACUGAAAUACCUAGUGCGAUUCGAGUUAGUUGCUUUUGCUUUCCGAGGCCGCCACCAUAUCUAGUCACAGUUGGAAAUGCUAAGCGUCAGCUGGGAAAAGUCUCGCACGAAAAUGCUCGAUCAAGACUGAAUAACGCACACGAGAAGCAACUAAAAACAACUAAGCCCACAAAUGGUUCAACAAAGUAUACGUAAAACAACCACAAAAACAUAAUAUACCACAAAAAUAUAUUUAUUAACUAAACCUAAAGAUAAACUAUUACAAAUAUUUACAUCUAAACGGUAUUUUGCUCACCAAAAUUACACUUACAUACAUUAUGUAAACCAGUUACUUAAAUCAACAAACCUAACGAAGUAUACGAUUCAAUGCAAUUAUUAAAUUAAAUUUAGAGCCACACAACACACAAAUUACAAAUUACAAAUUACAAAACGCCUCGAAACAAAACAUAAACAUAACAAAUAUUUAAACGUCAUUUUUGUCUGCCAUAUGAAAAUUUAUAAAUUUAAAAUAAACACAAAUUAAACAAAGUUAUACGCUACGACAACAACAAAUUCUAUACGACAACGUACCAAGUGCAAAACAAAAAAUAAAAACCCAGCAUAAACAAAUUUUAUGAAUAUUGUGUCAAAUUAAAUAUAAGUUCCAAAUCCAAUUGAAACGCCAGCAAACCUAGUAGUUUGCUAAACCAACCAACAAAGUUCCCGCAAAUCCUCAAAAUUCAGCAAAAUUUAAACAUGUUGCACGAGGCUCUGAUGCUCGAGAUCUACAGACAGGCGCUAAAUGCCGGAGCCCUGCCCACAGCUCGUCCGCGUUCCACGGAGUCGGCGAAUUCCAGCGAGCGCUGUCCGUCGCACGACUCCAACUCCUCGGACAACGGUGCCGGUGGAGCCGGCAGCGGCGGAGUGGGGCACCGGAUGGACGCCGCCGCCUUGUCCGCCGGAGUGAUGCCCGGCGGAGUGGUGCCCUCCACCAUGCACUCGACAUUCCCGGCGGUGCCUCAGUCUCUGCCCGCUCAGCCGCCCUCGAUGGAGGCGUACCUGCACAUGGUGGCGGCUGCCGCCCAGCAGUAUGGCUUCCCCUUGGCGGCAGCAGCAGCGGCGGGGGCGGGGCCACGCCUGCCCCUCCCACUGGCAAACGAGGCGGCGGCCCCGUUCAAACUUCCCCCGCAGGCUUCGCCCACUGCAUCGAGUAAUAACUCGGAGGCUCUGGACUUUCGCACCAAUCUGUACGGUCGGGCGGAAUCGGCUGAGCCACCUGCCUCGGAGGGCGAGGAGGAGGACUUCGACGAUGGCGCCAACAAUCCCCUCGAUCUCUCCGUGGGCACGCGGAAACGGGGCCACGAAUCGGAGCCACAACUGGGUCACAUCCAGGUCAAGAAGAUGUUCAAGUCGGACAGCCCACCCGCGAAUCCCGUGGCCCCGCCCUCGGCCAGUCAACUCAUGCCCGGAGUUAAUCCGUAUCUUGCGGCCGUGGCGGCUGCCAACAUUUUCCGGGCGGGCCAAUUUCCCGACUGGAAUGGGAAGAGCGAUUUGGUGGUGGAUCCCCUCGAAAAGAUGUCCGAUAUUGUGAAGGGCGGAGGGAGUGGAAUGAGCAAGGAAAAGAUGCAUUCCUCCAAGGCCACACCACCGCAGGCAGCAGCACAACCACCAAAGAGUCCAGUCCAACCGCCUCCCCACCAGAAUUCCGAGUCCGGAGGAGGAUCGGCAGGCAGUGGUGCUGGUGGCGGCGGUGGUGGUGGGGGAGUUACCAAAGCCAGGCACAACAUCUGGCAGUCGCACUGGCAGAACAAGGGGGUGGCCAGCUCGGUGUUCCGGUGUGUGUGGUGCAAGCAGAGUUUCCCCACCUUGGAGGCCCUCACCACCCACAUGAAGGACAGCAAGCAUUGCGGCGUGAAUGUGCCGCCCUUCGGCAACCUGCCCAGCAACAAUCCCCAGCCCCAGCACCACCAUCCAGCUCCGCCGCCACCACCGCAGAACCACAACCUCCGGAAACACGGCUCGGGAAGUGGCUCCAACCACUCACCUUCGGCGAAUGUGAAGAAUGCCUUUCAAUACCGAGGAGAUCCGCCCACGCCGCUGCCCAGAAAGUUGGUCAGGGGCCAGAAUGUUUGGCUGGGCAAGGGUGUGGAGCAGGCCAUGCAGAUCCUCAAGUGCAUGCGCUGCGGGGAGAGUUUCCGAUCGCUGGGCGAAAUGACCAAGCACAUGCAGGAGACGCAGCACUACACAAACAUCCUGUCGCAGGAGCAGAGUAUCUCCAUCAAAUCAGCCAACGCCAAUGCCAACUCGGAUGCCAAGGAGAGUCAUAACAGUCUGAGUUCCGAGGAGAGUCGCACCCUCAGUGCUGUGCUCACCUGCAAGGUGUGCGACAAGGCCUUUAGUUCUUUGGGCGAUCUGAGCAACCACAUGGCCAAGAACAACCACUACGCCGAACCGCUUCUGCAAUCCGCGGGCGCUCGCAAGCGGCCGGCUCCUAAGAAGCGCGAGAAGUCACUGCCUGUGCGGAAACUGCUGGAGAUGAAGGGUGGAGCAGGAAAUCAGGACGAUCUGCUGAACGAAAAGUCCGCUGUGCAAGGCAAACCUGGCUUGGGUCCCGGAGCAGGCGACAAAAACGACGCCGCUCUCUUCGCCGAACGAAUGCGGCAGUAUAUUACGGGCGUGAAGUCGCCCGAAGAAAUGGCCAAAGUGGCCGCAGCCCAACUCUUGGCCAAGAACAAAUCGCCCGAGCUGGUGGAGCAGAAGAAUGGCAGUGCCAAGGCGCCGGGAUCCUCCUCUGUGCUGAGCGCCAUUGAGCAGAUGUUCACCACGAGCUUCGAUACGCCACCACGACACGCCAGCCUGCCGGCUAGUAGUCCCUCCAACUCGUCCACCAAAAACACCUCGCCAGUGGCCUCCAGCAUACUGAAACGGCUGGGAAUCGACGAAACCGUGGACUACAACAAGCCCCUGAUUGACACCAACGAUCCCUACUAUCAGCACUACAGAUACACCAGCAGCGAGAGGAGUGGCAGUGAGUGCAGUGCGGAAGCCAGGCCGAGACUGGAUGCCCCAACUCCCGAGAAGCAACAGCAAACUGGGGGAGGGCACGAGGAGGAGUCCUCCAAGCCGGCAAUAAAGCAGGAAAGGGAGCUGGAGUCGGAGUCGGAGCCCAUUAAAAUGGAGAUCAAGUCUGAGCUUGCGGAUGAGCAAAACGAAAUCGAGGAAUCCACCAAAAUGGAGGCGGCUUUGGUUAAUGGAACUGCUAUUAAUAAUAACAACAACAACAACAACAACGUGGAAAGGAGCUCUCCGAAGACACCGUCGUCCGCAGCCAGUCCGCAGACAAGGCUGCUCCCUCCACGAAGUCCAGCCGAGAGUCAAAGAUCAGCCACACCAAAGUCACCCGCCUCCAGCCACAAAUCCUUCGACGGCAGUUCGGAGGGCAACAAGAAGUACCCCAGUGAUUCGCUGAAUGCCCUGUCCUCCAUGUUCGAUUCCUUGGGCAGCACUGGCGCAGGGGCGGCCAAUACCAGGGCUAAACUCGCCGCAGCAGCUGCCGCCGGAGGUCCGGAGUCGCCGGAGAACCUCAGCUCCGGUGGAAACUCACUGGCGGCCCUGCGACAAUUCUGUGUGAAGAAGGAGAAGACCGCCUAAGUCCGCGAGCCGAGACGAAAAGCGAAACCGAAUCGUUUGCCUUGUUUUCGUUGUUUCGAGCAAAACGCAUUUUCAACAUUUUUUGGUUUGCCAGCGCCUCGCUUCCGCCCCCGAACCCCAAACACCCAAAACCCUCCUUCUGCGCUA